CCACCUCCCUCUCUCUCUUCUCAAGCUAAGUGUAUCGGGCACAGAUAGAUACAUCAAUGGAAACAAAAACAAGGGCAUGUUUGGCUGUUGGUUUAUUCAUAAUCUUUUCUUCAUGUUUGGUGGGUGAAAUCCAAUGUAGAAAACAACAGGGAGAAGCUCUGGGAAAUCUGUAUAAAGCCAAGUUGAAAGGCUUUAUAAGAACAAGCUCAUUGGAGUAUCAUUCCUCUGCAGAUACUCACACAGCUUCUCCUGAUCAUCAUCAUCAUGAUUUGAUGAUGAGAUCCAAGAAAGAAGAAGACAGGAUAGUUAGAUUACCUGGGCAACCAAUGGUGGAUUUUUCACAGUUUGGUGGGUAUGUUACAGUGGAUGAAUCUGCUGGUAGAACUCUUUUUUACUAUCUGGCUGAAGCUCCACAUUACAAGAAACACUCUUUGCCUCUUCUUCUUUGGCUUAACGGAGGUCCUGGUUGUUCAUCUCUGGGCUAUGGAGCAAUGCAAGAACUUGGACCCUUUAGAGUUCGCAGUGAUGGAAAAACUCUAUACAGAAAUAAAUACUCAUGGAAUAAUGCUGCGAAUGUAUUAUUUCUGGAGUCACCAGCGGGAGUGGGGUAUUCAUACUCGAAUACGACGUCGGAUUACGAUAAGAUGGGAGAUAUCAAAACGGCAGCGGAUAAUUAUGUGUUCUUGGUGAAAUGGCUGGAGAGAUUUCCGGAGUACAAAGGGAGAGAGUUUUAUAUAGCUGGAGAAAGCUACGCAGGACACUAUGUCCCACAACUCGCUCACACCAUUCUUAAUCACAACAAAAAUCAAUCCAAUAAUACAAUUAUAAUCUCAAAAGGAAUCUUAGUAACUCUAACUAUGUUGAUAUAUAUAUAUAUAUAUUCAUGUAGUGGGGAUAUGGAUGGAAGAAUACCAGUGACUUCAACUAAGUACUCCAUUAAGAAGAUGAAGCUUUCUAUCAAAACUCCAUGGCAUGCUUGGUACCAUGGUGGAGAGGUUGGCGGAUACACACAAGUGUACAAAGGAGAUUUGACAUUUGCAACAGUGAGAGGAGCAGGACACCAAGUGCCAAGUUAUCAACCCAAGAGAGCACUCUCACUUAUAAUGCAUUUUCUCUCUGGUUCACCUCUCCCUGAUACCACAAGAUACGACUGA